GCCUCGGGAUGCCGCAGGAGAUUUCCCCGCCGCAUUUCUCUGUGCCUCAGCUCCGCUCUCUCAGCAGUUGGCACCUCGUCCAGGUCUUGUUCUGUAACCGGACUCCCCGAACCGUGCAACCCAUCUGGGUGAACUUCAAGGGGGAACCGCAGCCCUACCCGACCCUGCCGCCCUGGACAGAAAUGAGGAUGAACACCUACCUGGAUCAUAUUUGGUUGUUCCGGGAACUUGACACCGAUGUGCCAUUGUUGGUGAACAAGAAGGAAAUCUACGUACCUUCCCCAUAUGUCAAUGAGCAACCAGCGGCCGUGAACAUCUGCCUGCCAGUGUUUACACUGAAAGACCGCUGCCUGCAGGUCGUUCGAAGUCUAGUGAGACCAGAAGACUCCCGGAAGCUGGAGAUCGUGGAGUCUCUGUACGAGGACUUGGAAAACCGACCAAAUGUCCUGAAGGACUUACGGCGACUCGCGGUCAGCCUCUGGGAGCAGACUCGGCCAGAGAACUCGUGAUUCCGCUCACA